AUGCAGGGGCCUACUCGCUGUGCAGCAUAUGAGAUUCUCUUGAACCAGGAGUCGAGCUGGUGUCCCCUUCAUUGCAAGGUGGACUCUCAACCACUGGACCACCAGGGAAACCUAAGAACAGAAGACUAUUUCCAAUGCCCCAUAUUAAUUUGUAUGAAAUCGGAUAAGACAGAGCAAUUGUCAGAAAACUGGAAUGGGAAUCAUACAAGGGUGGUAGUGUUUAUUCUAGCAGGUUUAACAAGUGACCCACAAAUGAAAAUUGUUUUAUUUAUCUUCCUACUACUCACCUACUUGCUAAGCAUCACUGGCAAUCUGAUUAUCAUCACACUUACCCUGGUAGAUACUCACCUGAAGACCCCCAUGUACUUUUUCCUUCAAAAUUUCUUUUUAGAAAUUUCAUAUACUACUACAUGCAUCCCUAAAUUGCUGGCUAUGAUGGCAACAGGAGACAAAACCGUUUCCUAUAACAGUUGUGUGACUCAAGUGUUUUUUGUCUUUCUUCUUGGAGCGUCUGAAUUUUACUUACUGGCAGUGAUGUCCUACGACUGCUAUGUUGCCGUCUGUAAGCCCCUGCAUUACACAACCAUCAUGAGCGGUAAAAUCUGCAUGCAGCUUGUCCUCAGUUGUUGGUUGGCUGGAUUUUUGGUCAUCUUUCCACCACUCCUCUAUGGCCUAAACCUUGACUUCUGUGCCUCUAACUUUGUUGAUCGUUUCUAUUGCGACACCACUCCCCUCCUACAAAUCUCCUGCUCAGAUACAAAGUUAAUCGAGAUGAUGGGAUUCAUCUCAGCUGUGGUGACAUUGGUGAUCACAUUGGUAAUGGUGACCCUAUCAUAUACCUGCAUUGCCUUGACCAUUCUAAGAAUUCCCUCAGCUAGUCACAGGAGAAAGGCUUUUUCAACGUGUUCUUCUCACAUGAUUGUGAUAUCCCUUUCUUACGGCAGCUUCAUCUUUGUGUUUGUUAAACCUUCAGUCAAACCAAGAACAUCUUUUUCCAAAGGAAUUUCAGGGCUCAACGCCUCUGUUGCACCGCUUUUGAAUCCUUUCAUUUCUACCUUAAGGAACCAACAAGUGAAGAACAUUUUUAUCCAUUUUGUGAAAGUAGAGCUAAUGACCCUGAACCAUUAUUAA